AAAAUGGAACAUUUGGAAGAGAUCAGAGAGGCUCAGAGAGGCCGUGGCACAGCCACCAUCCUGGCCAUUGGCACAGCCAAUCCCUCCACCUGCAUCCAUCAAGACGAUCCUGAUUACUACUUCAGACUCACCAACACUCAACACUUGACUCACCUCAAGCCCAAGUUUCAACGCAUUUGUGAGAAGUCCAUGAUAAAGAAGCGUUAUGCAUACCUGACAGAAGAGAUGCUGAAACAAAACCCUAAUCUACGCUCUGCAAAUGAACCUUCACUUGAUACACGCCAAGACAUGGUGAUUAUGGAGAUUCCGAAGCUCGGUGAAAAGGCAGCUUCAAACGCCAUCAAAGAAUGGGGAAGACCGAAAUCGGAGAUCACCCAUCUCAUCUUCUGCUCCACUUCCGGCGUCGACAUGCCCAGCGCCGACUACCACCUUGUCAACCUUUUAGGUCUCAACCCAUCCACCAAACGCUUCAUGCUCUACUUCCAAGGCUGCUUCGCCGGCGCAACCGUGCUCCGCCUAGCCAAAGAUCUCGCCGAGAAUAACGCCGGCGCUCGGGUUCUUGCAGUAUGCUCCGAGAUAUCCUCCGUCAACAUCCAUCCACCAUCUGAAACACACCUAGACUCAUUGGUUAGCCAUGCUAUCUUCGGGGACGGAGCUUCUGCUGUGAUCGUUGGAUCAAACCCAGAAAUUUCCAUUGAAAGACCAUUGUUCUAUCUUGUUUCAGCAUCAGAAACGAUUCUGCCAAACUCUGAAGGCGCCAUUGAAGGACACUUACGUGAAGUGGGAUUCACACUACAUCUUAAGAAGAACCUGUCUCGCUUGAUCGGAGAAAAUAUAGAGAAAAUCCUUGAAGAAGCAAUGAGUUUGAUUGGAAUCAAAGAUUGGAACUCGCUGUUUUGGAUAGUGCAUCCUGGCGGGGCAUCGAUACUGAGAGAGAUAGAAGAAAGGGUUGGGUUGGAGGAAGAUAAAUUGAGAGCGACGAAACACGUACUGACAGAAUAUGGGAACAUGUCAAGUGCUUGUGUGUUGUUUAUAUUAGAUGAAAUGAGAAGGAAAUCCAUGGAGGAAGGAAGAGCCACUACUGGAGAAGGACGUCAAUGGGGUGUUCUCUUUGGAUUUGGUCCAGGCUUGACCAUAGAGACUCUGGUCUUGCACAGUGUUACAAUUCCUAGAGAUUAG